AUGUGCAUAUAUUCCCGCACUGCUGAGGAUUCGACGAUGCCGAAGUUGGUGCCUUCUGAGAUGUGCAUCAAACUCGAUGCGUGUCGGAAAACACGUGAUUUCCGCAAAGCCCAGGAUCUCAUCCAGGAGGAGCGCGAGAGCAUCGCUAAACCGUUCCCUGCUGAGGACUUAACCGCCGCUCUCUGUGCUGUUGACCUCAUACGAUCCGAAUAUUUCGUUCGUAUUGCUAAGGAGCUCUUCGAGAGGGGGGCGAGAGAUUCCAGGAGGAGAAAGGAGAAGGACGGUCUGCGAGGCCUCUGGACGAAGGCUGUGCCAGGGGAGGUUCCUCACUAG